CACGAGAAACCAUCAAGGGAGAAAAAAAUCAGUAAAGUUCCAUCACUAAGUUCCUGAUGAAGGUGCUAGGUAGCUCCAACACACCAAAACCCUUAAAUGCAAGUGAUAUGGAGACAUGGAUUGCGUGCCAAUCAGAGGCUGAUAUCAAGAAAUGUCAGCUGCUGGCACCAUGCGAUGGUGAAGAUGGGCUAUGUCAUCCGACUGACAGUAACAAGAAAAGAAAGAAAGUGAUAUCUUGGCCAUUUGUACUAAGACGAACCUUCACUGGAUCAGAGACCCUGGGACACCUGGAAGGCAACCUGAAACCUUCUCUGUUUGAUCAGCCAUUGUCAAUGGUCUGCAGUGAAGAGGACAUGCUCCCCAAACCAAUACUGGACAUCCUUACAAUUCUCUACCUGAAAGGGCCUUCUACUGAAGGGAUAUUCCGAAAAGCUGCCAAUGAGAAAGCACGCAAGGAGCUGAAAGAAGAAUUAAAUACUGGAGGAAAAGUGGUCUUAGAGAAUGAACCUGUCCAUCUGCUAGCAGUGAUUUUUAAGGAUUUCCUCCGAAACAUCCCCCAGAAAUUGUUAUUAUCUGAACUUUAUGAUGAGUGGGUGACAGCACUGGAGAAAACAAGCCAUCGUGAAAGAAUGGAUGCAAUGAAAGAGGUUGCAGGCAAACUACCUCAGCCUAACCUUGUUUUGCUCAAGCAUCUGCUCUGUGUGCUACACCACAUUAGCCGAAACUCAGCAGUCAACAAAAUGGAUUCCAACAAUCUUGCAAUCUGUGUUGGGCCCAGCAUACUGAGUCCAGGCCACAACCGACAUCUGCCACUGGAAGCAGAGAAAGAACUAACUGAUAAGGUGAAGACCCUGGUGGAAUUCCUGAUUGAUAAUUGUUCUGAUAUAUUUGGAGAAGACAGCUCUUUGCUAUUCAGUAUCUCUGAUGACGAUUCCCUGGACAAGUCAGAAAUGCUGUCUCCCAGCCAGCAAAAUGAUUCAGCCUAUGACAGCACAGGAGACUGCAGUUCCAGUGAUUUCCAGGACAAACAUGUACAAGAAGCCAAGGGGCCAGCCAGUAGGCUGAGCAGGACAGAGCUACAGCACCAUCACCCACAAAGCCAGACUGCCUCUGCCUCUUCACUGACUCCUUUUAAAAAAUCCACAAGUCAACUAAAUAGGAGAUACUCUGAGCCAGACAUGUUUUCUUCUCAGGCCUAUCAAGAAGGCAACAUGAGAAGCCAGAAGCUAACCAAAAGUGAGGAUAACUUUGUUCAACGGAAGGAACUGGGACUGAAGUGUCAAGAGCUCAGAAAGCAAAUCACCAAGGAACUAUAUCUGCCAAACCUUCAUAGGGAUAAAAAGCCACCAAACCUAACUAUAAAAAGCCAUUUGUAUUCAGAAUCGUCAACCAGUUCCUUGUUUAGAACACCCUCCAACAGUUCACUAGAUAGUUCCUCACCAGCUUCUGACUCUUCUGUCUUCACCAGCUCACCACUAACAUCGCCUUCCAUCUCAAAGAAAAAUGCUUUUACUCGGCCCCAGUCUUUCUCCACCAAAACGUCUGUUGGAAGUAACACAUCCAACCAAGAGCUCAGAAAACAUUCAAUGUCAUUUUCUGUGGCGACCCGCAAGAAGGAACUAACUAAAACCCAAAGUUGCAGCGUAAUUGGUUUCCAAAGAGGCAGUUUCAAAAAGGACUCCAAGAGAGAGAGACAGCUUUCCUGUCGAAUCAUUCAGGGAACCUGUGCAAACAGCUACAACCCAGUGCCUGUGGGAUGUCAACUGAGGCCUCGUUUCUUUUCAGCCGAUGAGGUGUUUCGAUUUGUUGAUCAGAAAAAUCCUGGAAAGCCGCCAUCCUACAAAGAGGCUAUCAAAAACUGUUCAGCUGCUAGACUUCCCUCAUCCACUAGCUUAACUGUUCAAAAUAUGAAGUCAACCAGAUUGCACUUAGACUCUCAGACUCAAUGUCCAAGGCCAAACAGAGAUGUUCCAAACAAAGUAUAUAAGGACACCUUUAAUGACAAACUCUCUGUGGUCAGUAAUCCUAAAGACAAAACACAAGCCAUGGAUGUUGUUAUUGGAAUUCAUUCCCGAGCUAAUUUACCACUCACUCCUCAAGUCUACCGCCUGAGGACCAUGUCUGGGUCUUAUCAGAAGAAUAAACAAGAAUAUUUAACACGGCGGUGUAGUCAACCAACCUUCGACCACAUACAAUGUGCGAAGGAAUCUUAUGUUUAAACUAUCUUUCCCAUUUCAACACAGUAUAUGUUGUGACUUAAACAUUAAUCUCUUGCCAAAUAUUACUGCAACUAAAAUAAGCUCAUCUGUGUAAAUCUCC